AUGGGUCCCAAGGCGCCUCCUUCCCUUUGCGCCAAAAUGGUGUUAUGCUAUUGGCUGGAUUUGAGAACGCAACGCUACCUUGGCAGCGGCCGCAGCGGAGAUGCGCCUAACAAUUUCCGCUCCAGAGUCCAGACUGUCCAGAUGUCAUCCGAACUUUCGGACGAACUGGAAGCUGCCCACUGUAGAACCAUACCUAACAAACCAUUAUUGUACGUCAACCCGAAAAGGAUGAAGAAUAUCGUCGCUGUUUUCGUUGCAGCGGUCUUGUUGCUGCCCUUUGCAGCGGCUUUGCCAAUGCCAAUGCCAAUGCCCGCCCCAGCCGAUGGAUUCGUACCACAGGAAUUGCAAGAUAGCGCUACCCAGGAGAGAUUGAAAGAAAUGGCAAAGCUGACGGGUAUCAUCAGCAACUUGGCGGACUUGCAUGAGUUUGACAAAUGA